GCCGCUUUGGCGAAAUUCGGUCCGACUGGAUACCCGAACCGGAAAGCAAGCGCCAGGGAAGCGCCAAAAGCAACUCAUUAUUAACCCUUCUCCCCGAAGCUUUGCUAAAUCCUUCUCUCCCUAGACCUACUUACACGCCUUACAUCCUACUCAUCUUUUAAACAAUGACAAGUGAUCCUGUCGCAGAAAAGUCUGGUUUCCUUCGGAUGUACAUGUCCAGUCAUCCCGAUACGCUUGUAGCGUACGCGAAAUGGUAUGGAGAAAUUUCUGAGCCCAUCUCCAGCGCUGAAAUGUCUGCUAUCGACACUAAGAGUAUGACCUUGAGCUGUAAAAUGAAGGACGGAUCUACUAAGGAAGUACGGGUUGCAAUUGACCCUCCAAUGACUGGAUACGAUGAUGUUAAACCACGAUUACUGGAAAUGAAGGCCAUCGCGCAGGAGGGUCUUGGAAUGAUAAAAACACCGAAAAUCACCUCUUUCCAGUUCCCUAGCGCGGCUCUCCGAGUACUUUUCAUCAUGUAUCCCAUCCUGGCAUACUUUGCCUACGCACCAGUAAACGAUCCGUCACUUUUGUUCCUGCCAGCCAAGUUACUAGGUACGUAUGUGGGUUCAUCGGUCGGGUAUUGGCUUCUCUGGAGCGUCAAUGCAACCCAUGUCUUGGAAGCGGUCUAUACAUGGUCCCUGUGUAGGAGACACGAGACUGGAUUCUUUGUCGGUACCCUCUAUAUUCUUGCAACGAUUGCUUGUGGUUAUCCUAUUUGGACGGACCUGAGGAAGCGCAUACAAAAUGCACGUAUUGAGUCUGUUAUGAAGAUUGAAUGACGGAGGGAUUGAAGCGAGUCUGUGUACAAUUUGUUCGAAGAAACCUUAUAUCAUGUACUGGAGGAAUCAAACACCAAGAAAAAAUAUAUUGAUUAGACCAUUGUAUU